AUGGCGGCGCUUCGAGUCACGGCGAGGAGGCUCGUCGACGGUGGCCAGACGCCGGCGGUGACGGUGGAAGAGGCGCAACGCCGGCUCUUCCCGAGACUCUCCCAAGUCGACCGGGCUAGGUCUACCACAUCCUCCGCUGCUGUUGCUGCAGACACCAAUGUGGCGGCGGGCAAGGGCUAUGAAGAUCGGGAGAAACUCCUGACAGAGAUCCAUAAUAUGAGCGAGGAGUUGUAUGAUAAGGUUUCGCAUGCGGAAAGGAUCUACAAUAUCCCUGGUAGGGAAGGCAAAAAGAUCAGUCGGCUGCGCGAGGAGCUCGCCACGCAAGUGGGACCUAGACCCGGCGACGACUCAUGGUAUAUAUGUAUGAUCAUCUUCUGUUUACAAGAUUUUUGUGGGGUUAACAAGUUAUCUCAUCUGAACCCAACCUGUAGGCGCAUGUUACGAGUGAUGCAUACAUUAACGUAUUACGGUGGAUAUGCGUCUUUUAUGUUCACCUCAUAUGUGCUCGCGAGCAUGGCCGUUGGUUCGAUCGUUGAAUUGGAGCCAGAUGAAAAGCGAUGGAUAAGAAGAAAAGAGGGGAGGAACGCAAGCGAAGUGAAACAAAAUGAUUGA